UUCCUAAGCGCCCCUCAACAGCCCCGCGGUAACUUUCUUGGACAUCGUCACGUUGUAGCGCUCAUUUUUUUUUUUGCGCGCUUUCUUUUCGUUAUCGGCGGCCGUUGUCCCUUCUUUUUUUCUUCAUUUUGGAAAAUAAUUCUACUUGAUUCUCCUCGCCGAGGACUUCCUUUUGUUACCGGCUGAUCUGCUCCGAGAAUGCAUCCUCGCGACGCCUAGAAACUGUCGCGUCUCGUUCCCGCCGCAGCCUAAGAAGAGGCACACGACAACGCCCAGCGGCCCUUAACACUCUCCUGAAACUCGAUUUGAUAAGUCAAAGACCAUAGAAUCACAAUGAGCGACACCGCCAUGGUCGACAGCGCUGUUGCGACAACAACGGAGAACUCGCAAGCGCACGUUCUGCACCAGUUGGAGCAGCAGCAAACUUCGACGCCCGACUGCCCAACUCCGCCGCGACCAGUCCCAGAAUCCGACCCAAAGCUUGCUUCCGAUGCAGACAAGACGCCCCCGACGCCUCCGCAAGAGCCGAACCUCUUUACGCUGCCUGCGACAGACGCGCUUCGACUGCUCAGCGCAAGCGUGGAACUUCUGGUACGCAUGACGGGCGAUAUCCCGCCCACACCGCCGCCGAGACAGGCUACAAAUCCACAGAUGAGCGACAUGCAGGCUGAAAAGGAAAACAUUGUCCGCUCCCACUCCAACAAGAACCUUGCACAGCUGCGGCGCGAAGCCUCCCGCGAGACCCUCGAACGCCGGAUCAGCAACACGGGCUCCAUCACUGGCAAGCGGCCCGCCGACGAGGAACAUGCCGGCGGCAAAACAAAGCUCCAGGCAUACAGCGCGGCCAUGAGCGCCCAGCUAGCCAGCCAACAAGCAGGCGGUGCCUCCGAACAAGAGCCUAUUGACGGCGUGAAGCUCCGCGGGGGUGACAUUGCAGCCAAGCGCCCACCCCCUCCGACACCGUACAUUGUGGUCGGCGCCGACUCGCAGCCCUUGAAUCUGCAGCAUGGGGCCAUCACGCGCAAAUUCUACAGCAAGAACGAGCCGCCAAUCAGCAUCAACCAGUAUCUGAUCCGGUUGCACCAGUUCUGCCCGAUGAGCUCGGCCGUGUACCUUGCCACAUCGCUGUACAUUCACCGGCUGGCGGUGGAGGAGCGAGCCAUCCCCGUGACAAGGCGCAAUGCCCAUAGGCUGGUGCUUGCGGGCUUGCGCGUGGCCAUGAAGGCGCUCGAGGACCUGUCGUACCCGCAUACAAAGUUUGCCAAGGUGGGCGGUGUGAGUGAGGGCGAGCUGGCGAGACUCGAGAUUUCGUUUUGCUUCCUUACGGGCUUUGAGCUUGUCGUGGGCGAGGAGCUGCUCCAAGCUCACUGGGAAGCACUGCGUAAUAGUAAUGCACAGGCUGUCCUGGAUAGCAUGGAGCCGCCGACGCUGACGCUCUCCAAGAAGACUGCGGCUUGAGCAACAGUUCUUCUGGAAUGCUGUUGGCAUGCAUCUUUGUUUAUUCUUUUUCAUUUGGCGUUUGGGCUUAAGCAUACAUAUGGACGGAAUCGGCGAUUUACCUUUUUUGCUUAUGACUAACCCCGUGUUUGUUUUAUUGUUUUAUUUGGCAGAGCAUGGGUUAUAAUGAAAUCGGAGUUUAAUGGGGCUAUCUGUAUUUUGUGCUUUUUUUAAAUCCUUGUUUUAUAUAGAUUGAUAAGAUGGGCGUUUAUAUACCAGAUUGCAGCAUUUUUUUAUAUACAUGGCAGUCCUAUAUGUACGUCUCCUUGUCUACACCUAAUCUAUGAAUAUCUAUCUACUAAAUACAAAACUUGCGUACACAACACAAAACAAGCCAUCUUCUUUGAGAGUGUUUUUUUUAUCGCAACACCCCCUCUUUCUCUGCUUCAUACGCACAUUUCGUCACAAAUCGUCCAAGUCAUAUGAGAUGCCUCGGCCACCAAAUUAGGCAUCCGCUGCAGCUAGCGGCGUUGAGGCGCUC